AUGCUAUUUGAUGUAUAUCGGGAGUCUCUCUUGAAACUAUACUACUUCUUGAGAGAUGAACCGGAUGCCUUCGAUAAAUCAAGGUCCUAUCCCGCAGCAAGGGUGGACUUCGGCAUCAAUAUGGAGCCAUUACUUAAGAAACCAGAAGUUGAGAUUGACACACCACCCACGACAUUCUCCGCCACCAACUCCUGGAAUUUCUAUGAACCAAAUAAGCCCACAGUGUUAAACAUGUGA